UGUGGGUGGUGGUGGGGAGGACUGGGCUGAGGUGGCCGUGUAUAAAUAGUGUAGCUCUCAAAUACACAGCCACAACAGCAGGAGUGAUCUCACCUCCUCUCCACCCUUUCUAUCCCUGUCGCCGCUGUCAGCCUCCGCAGAAAAAGAGCGCAGAGCCGUCAGCAGCAGCGGCAGCAGCAGCAGGAGCGGUGCAAAGAAGAACAACGCCGAGCGACCGCACGGUGGAUUUUGUUUCUCACCCUCUAAAAGACGCGGACAAGACGAGGCGAAAAGAGGCAAAUCAAAACAACACAACAACCCGAAACAGGACCACUGCCUGAGCCACAGAGAGGCGAGCGGCCAUGGAAGAACUUACGGCAUUCGUGUCGAAGUCUUUCGAUCAGAAGAGCAAGGAGAGCAGCAAAGAGAGCAUCACGUACAGGGAAGUUUUGGAGAGCGGCUUGACGCGGGCGCGGGAGCUGGGCAGCCCGGAGACGAACCUGCAGGACAUUACGGACACCAACCACUGCCCGGUGCACCUCUACAAGGACCACGUGGAGCUGGAGAAGGAGAAACUGAAGGACUUUAAUGUUUCCCGGGCGACUGAGGGAAUAUAUGAGUGCAAAGAGAAGAAGGACGACGUGAAGUCCGAGGACGAGGACGCGCAGGGCAAACUGAAGCAGCGGCGGAGUCGCACUAACUUUACCCUGGAGCAGCUCAACGAGCUGGAGCGGCUCUUCGACGAGACGCACUACCCGGACGCGUUCAUGAGAGAGGAGCUGAGCCAGAGACUGGGACUGUCUGAGGCCAGAGUGCAGGUCUGGUUCCAGAACAGAAGAGCGAAAUGUCGAAAACAAGAAAACCAAAUGCACAAAGGUGUGAUUCUGGGCAGCGGCAGCCACCUGGACGCCUGCAGAGUGGCACCCUAUGUCAAUAUGGGCGCCCUGCGAAUGCCCUUCCAACAGGUUCAAGCACAGCUACAGCUGGACGGAGUCACCCACUCCCACCCUCACCUGCACCCUCACCUGGCCGCCCACGCCCCCUACCUGAUGUUCCCGCCCCCUCCCUUCGGACUACCAAUCGCAUCCCUCGCCGACUCGGCCUCCGCGGCGGCGGCGGUGGCGGCGGCCGCCAAAAGCAACAGCAAGAACUCCAGCAUUGCCGACCUGCGACUCAAGGCAAGAAAACACACCGAGGCUCUGGGACUCUGACCCCCACCGGGCUGCCCCUCCGCUCGCCUGAUGCCCAUAAUCGCCUCUCACACAAGACUGGGCCUGUGAAACUGGGCCGUGACACUCACGAGCUAAAACUAAACUAAAACAAAAACACUGAGUGAGAAUGAAAGAGAGGAACACAUACAGAGAAAGAGAGAGAGAGACAGAGAGAAGGGGAGUGUGUGUGGAAGGUGGGAGGGGAGGGAACAGUGGAGGAAGAAAAUAAAGCAGAAGGAGGAGGAGGGAAAAUUGUCACAAAACCAGCUGCCAAAACAAACCACUUGUAGAGAACGGUAAUUAAAUACCAGUGAAAUCACCUUUUACUUUUCGCCCAACAGGCAGGACUUCUGCGGGGCCAGUGGCUCAGUCCACUCCAGGCACAGAUCACAUCCCAAGGACCGUACAAACACAUGUGGAUGUCUGUCUGAGGGCCAGGCCGGGGAGGGGGGCCCCCCGUCAGACCAGAGGACGUUAGAACAAAGCAAACUGGCAGGGUCGAGAGCAGAGACUCACUGCCGCUGGCUGCCGUCUCUUUUGACAUGCAGAGGGGCUGAGCUUUUUUUGGGGGGCUUGGGGGGGUUCGGGUAGAGAAGGAGAAAGGGGGGAAGGUGGGGCAGGCCCACACAUCACCUCACCAAAGCUUUGGAAUGGCUUUCACCUUUCCACCCUGCUCAGUAGUUUAAAGAAGAAAAAAGAAAAAAGAAAAGAAAAAAAAAGGCCAUAUUUUUCUCCAACCACUGUGUCCGCUGCUGCUGCAGAGUGCAUGAGCUCUAAAUGGACCCCCGUCUCCCACCUGACGCAACUUCUCAACAGCUGUUUUUUAACACUGCCGUUCAGCAACAACCCACCCCACAACCCCCAACGGUCAAAGUCAAAGGUCUCCAUCCCAAUCCAACGUCGCUCUUCUCGUGGACUUGUGUUGUGUUAACAAACGCAACAGUUUUCUAUAUAUUAUUUUGGUUUUUUAUGCUUCGCUUUGGGAGGGGGAAGAGACGUUGUCGUGCGAUGCUGGACUUGUGAUGGCCGGACUCGGGUUGAAUUCCUCCUCACGGUGCGCUCUCUCUCUGUCUUUAUUUCCUUCUUGUUGUGUUGUAUCUUGGGCAAAAGAAGUGAAGAUAGCCUUUGCACUUCAGGUCUUGUACGAGGGUGUUUACAAAUGGCACUACAAGCAGAUACUACUUUACUAAUUAAAGAGGGACGGGAGGGGAGGGUUUUGAUAUCAUCACGACGAACAAAGGGUAUAACGGGGAUUCCUUUUUGUGUUCUGCUUUUUGUAAUUCUGAAAAAUAUGAAGAAAGCAUCAGUCAAACUGAAAUGCAAUUGUGUGCAGUUUAAGUGCAAUACUGUAAAUAGCAAAAAAAACAAAAAAAAAAAAACAAACAAAAAACAAAAGUUAAAACAGCUAGCAGUUAAUCCUUGAUGACAAAGAAACUUUUUUUUUGGUUUUUGGUUGUUUUCCAUGCACUGGUGGAAAGCUGAUUUUUAAUGGCAGUGCGUGUUUUAUUUCAAUCAAGAAAAUUCAAUCAGGUGCCAUAAUCCCACAUAAUCCACACGUAUUCAGACAUUUUGUUUCAAGGGGCACAUCUGUCUGGGAAGACAUGAGCACAGUUUUUGGAUGCUGCAGAAACAAAAGGAAAACAAAAACUAACUUAUUCUAAAUUAUGAACAAAUCAAAUCAGGGUUGCAACUCAAAGCAGGCCCUUGUUUUUAGAAUAAUUAGCUUAAUUUUGCAUGUUUUUUUUGCUGUUGUAAAAAUCAUUCCUUCCCAGAUAAUUCAGACUAUUUUUAACUGUUUUAAACAAAAUAUUACAAUUAAAUUCAAAGAUUUUUUUAUUUUAUUUAGAAAAAUAGCACUGCAGCACCAAAUAUGUAGAUCAUUUUCAGAUCUAUGUAUACCUCCAAACAUUUUCUACAUUUCCAGACCUCCAUUUAGAAAUGUUUAUCUAUGUCUCCAUUUUAAAUUAAACCUAUGGGUGUUUUAUUUUAUUUAUUAUUUUUGUCUGAAAGUUUUAUGGAAAGAUGAAAUAGCUGAACUACAAGUGUACAUUUUUACAUGGCUUUGCAUUUAUUUUUGUAUUGUUUUUUUUUUUUAAGUGUUGAAUUUGAAUUAGGAGGCGUGGCCGUAGUGCAUUGUUUGCCUAAAAAAAAAAAGAAAAAGUGUUAAAAAACAACAAAAAAACCCCCAACAAACCGGUAAUGUAGCGUGUCUGAGUUUACAAAGAUUUCAGGGACGGUUGAACUAAAACAAUUCUCCAUGGGAUUCGUUGUACCCAUUCAAAUGAUUUUCAUUUCAUAUGCAAGCAUGCCUAUACAUGAGUCAUCGUACAGCUGUUUUUGUUUCCACCCCUUUUUGAGUCACAAAAAUAUGAAUGUACAUCUUGUACGAGUAAAAUAUCAAUAAAGUUAUAAAUAUUUGUA